ACCGAGGCCAGACUCCGUUGACAGUUGCUUUGUUUACAUUCUUUUCGUUGGUCUCGUGCGCGCCCCGAUGGUUGCGAUCGGCGACGGAAUUUGUGAUUUUGCGUUAUAAAAAUGUUUCGAAUGCUUAAUUUGAGAAGUUUAGCACAGAAUAAGAACAAAUUUCUCGCUCAUAAAAGUGGAAUUGUGCGCGUAGACUCUACCAGCAGUGUAGUGUUCUGCCCGUUCCGAAAAGUGUCCCAUUUAUGUAACCGGGAGCGAGUGCACGAUCUACUUAUAGCACGAGGCAAUGCAUCGGUGAACAUAAAACGCGUUCAUUCGACCACACCGUCAGCAGAAAUUUUAUCGAGCAUCGGAGGAAAGAAAACAAAACGUAGGCGUUCGAAUGAAAACAAAUUUACCGAGCUGCUUGCAGUGAAAGAUGGCGAUACCAAAGAAACGAAAACAACGGUGCAGAAGUUGAAGUCGAAAAAGCUGGCCAACUUCAUUCACGAUCAGAUCGCUUUCGAGGCAUGUUCACACAGCACACCCAUUUCGUCUUCCAUCACAAAUACCGAUGAGCUACCUCAAUCGAGUAAAGCUGCCAGUGGGCCGGCUCUACCCGUCGAUAUGUCACACUGGAACUUUGAGGAAACUCCCGUGAUCUACAUUGGUGGUGAAAUGAAGGAAACAGACAUAUCGCCCGACGUACUAUCGGAGAUAAUCGAAAGUGUUCAGGUACUGAAGGAAAUACACCACAACCGGGCACUACGCGUAAGUGGUGUAGUGUUGGCGCCACACGACGAAUUAGAUCCGGCACUCGCGGAAGAGGUGGGACUGCUAGAAUCGGAAUCGAUACUCCCGGAGGAAGCGGAUCUCGCUUUCGAAGAGCCGAUUGAUCUAGCUACCACCAUUCAUGGAGCUGGCAGUGGUAAGAAGACGAAACGUGGCGGUAAACAGCCACAUCCGCUGCUGGAUGGUACGGAGAAGAGUAAAAAGUUUUGCUCCAAGUAUUACAAAACGUCCGAGAUCGAGUUUCUUGCCCGACAGCGUAGUUUCCAGUUGACGCUAAACGCCUAUCUGGACAUCUGCAUCACAACGGGGAUGGUAAAUCGGGCGUACGCUACCACGCUCAACUAUCGCCACAAGCGCAAACGGCGAGAGUUUGACGUGGGCACGUACAAUCAGUUGAUCCAUGCGUACGCUGGAAAGGGUAAUUUGUCACGCGUGAAGGACAUUGUGCGAGUGAUGCGCGAAGAUUCCAUCACGCCGAACGCACAAAUGUACGCCGGAAUACUCGAAUGUUUGGGUCGUCUGGAACCGACCGCCGAGGUGCUUAAGCAGGCGAAACAGUACCUACACGAAGCCAGCACGGUUGGGUAUAGUAUGAACGACAUUCUUGAUCAGAGCAAAUUUACGCACGAUCAGCAAGACGUGGUGCUGUCACUGUUCCGUCGACUAGUACCGAAUUAUGUGCCCGAAUAUCGGCCACCAGUUUUGACUUACAAUAAUCAUCUGCUGGAGGCACUGAAUGCGAACGUAUUUCCGGUUGGAAGCAAACUACCCGCUGAAGAAACAUGUUGGCCCGGGUCAGAAAUUAUGAUACCAAAAGCAGGCUUUACCAGGGAAGAAUUGCAACAGAUGGCACAGAAACAGGUGGACCUAGAGCUGAGCGGUUAUUUAACGGUGAAAAGCAUCGAAAAGUUUCCUGCCCCAACGGAGCAAGUAAUGCAGUAUCGCAAAGAAUUGGACGAGUUGAAAAAAGUGUGGUCCAAACAGAUAGCGAUGGCUUUCCAUCGGGACUUUAACACACUGAAAGCGGCCACGGAAACCAAAUCAUCACGAACGAUCAAUUUGUUCCCGUAUCUAAAAGCACUCUCGGUGCAACAGUUUACGGAAAUCCUGCUCGAGGAGGUGCAGAUGCUGCUGGAAGGGUCCGACACGUUUAGCUUCGUAAUAUCGCAACUUCAUCGCGAGCUCGGACGUAAGGUCGAGUCCCGGUACCUCGUUGAACAGAAGCGCAUGAACGGAGUGCUAGGGAAAACGUGUGAGAUUUACGACCAAUACGCUUCGGCCCUGGCGGACGGCCGGUCGAGUGAUAAUCCACGCCAGCUUUGGCAACGUUUAGUGCACGAAAUGCGCUGCACGGGUCCGAGCAUGGAUAUACAGAGCGUCGCGUGGCCCAAGGCGGCCGUGCUCGGUGUGGGCAAGUUCCUGUACAACAUUCUGCGGUGUGAUCUAAAGAUAAACGUAAAUGCAACGAACAAAACCAACCGCAAGGUAAAGCUUGUGCCGGCCUUUUACACACUGUUUCGCUACGAGGCAAAGAUGGCAAAGGAACAGAUAAAACCGCAUCCGGUGCUGAUGAAGCUGUACCGCAAAUCGCAACCGGACACGCUAAAGUUCGACGUAAAUCUAGUCCCGAUGCUAUGUCCACCGCAACCGUGGAGUACGCCGCGCAAUGGAGGUUACAUUUUGGCCGAAUCGGACCUUAUACGGCUGCCACAUCAGGCACACCAGCAGACGGAGCGUAUAGACGAUGCCGACCCGCAGGAUAUGUAUCCAACGCUCGACGCUCUGAACCAGCUUGCCAGCAUACCGUGGGUUGUGAACGGACAAAUUUUAGAUGUAAUCGUGCAGGUGUUCAAUAACGGUGGCAAUGCAAAGCUGGACGUACCGGAACCACCUUCCUCACUGCCACCCGUUGUGGAGACGGUGCCGAGAAGUGAAAUGAGCGGGUACGAAAAGUAUCAUCUGCUGCGGAAGCGGCUCUACCAUCGACGCAAACAGGGCGACAUGUAUAGCUUGUGGUGCGAUGCACUUUACCGUCUCUCGUUGGCCAGCUACUAUCGGGAUAAGGUGUUCUGGUUGCCACAAAACAUUGACUUCCGUGGACGGGUUUAUCCGAUACCGCCACACUUGAACCAUCUCGGACAUGAUCUUGCCCGCUGUCUGUUGGUGUUUCAGCAGAAGAAACCACUCGGUCCGGAUGGGUUCCGAUGGUUGAAGCUGCACUGCAUCAAUCUAACCGGGUUGAAGAAGCGUGAAUCGGUCGAGGAGAGGGUACGGUAUGCGGACGAAAUUAUGGAUGAUAUACUGGAUUCGGCCGACCAACCACUAACGGGCAGGAUGUGGUGGAGCAAUUCGGAUGAACCUUGGCAAACGCUUGCGUGCUGUAUGGAGAUUGCCAAGGUGCACAGAUGUCCCGAUCCGGAAAAGUUUGAAAGUGGAUUUCCAAUCCACCAGGAUGGAUCGUGUAACGGUUUGCAGCACUAUGCCGCGCUGGGCCGUGACACACCCGGUGCAGUAAGUGUGAACCUAGCGCCCGCCGAUGUACCCCAAGAUGUGUACAGUGCGGUCGCAGCACUGGUCGAGGAAAACCGUGCCAAAGAUGCACAGAACAACGUGAAGGUGGCUGCCGUGCUGGAGGGUUUCAUACGGCGCAAGGUGAUCAAACAAACUGUGAUGACGACGGUGUACGGUGUGACACGGUACGGUGCCCGGAAGCAGAUUGCCCGCCAGCUCGAAUACAUUGACGAGUUCCCGAAGGAAUGGAUCUGGCCGGCAUCGAGCUACCUGACGGUGAAAACGUUCGAUGCGCUCAGUGAAAUGUUUACCUCGGCCAAGGAAAUACAGGACUGGUUUACGGACUGUGCCCGACUGAUAUCGGCCGUUUGUGCCCAGAACGUGGAGUGGGUUACGCCGCUUGGGCUGCCGGUAGUGCAACCGUACAACCGGGCGGAUCGAUACAUCACUUCCAGCAAGUCGGUUCAGCUGCCGGAACAUUUUGCGAUGGAUUCGUACGAGAAGCCGAACAUAAUGAAGCAGAAGAAUGCGUUCCCGCCCAACUUUGUGCAUUCGCUUGAUUCUAGCCAUAUGAUGCUGACGUCACUGUACUGUGAGCGGGCCGGGUUAACGUUUAUUUCGGUGCACGAUUGCUACUGGACACAUGCCUGCACUGUACCCACUAUGAACAGGAUUUGUCGCGAACAGUUUGUUGCUCUGCAUUCCGAACCGAUACUGGAAGAUUUGUCCCGGUUUUUGGUGCAAAAAUACAGCUACGAUGAAAAUGAAAUUAGCAACGAUGGUUCGGUAAUUGAUCUCACCAAGCGCAAACUGAACCGCAUCCUGCAGCAGUGUCCGGAUAAGGGUGAUUUCGAUCUACGCAAAGUGCUUGAUUCGGUGUAUUUCUUCAGCUAGAAAGUAAAACCAUUUGCGAAAAAGUUUACACCAAACGAGAAGGAUUGGUCUAGUCAUGCUGGAUCCAAAA